AUGAGACUAGAUGAAUUGCGUACUAAGCAAAGACGAAACUAUGACAUUUUUGUUAUAAAGCAUCACUUGGAUAAGUUGACUAAACCCAUUGAUGAAUACAUUGACAACUUUUAUCUUCCCAACUCCUCAUUGAAAGAGCGCAAGAGGGUGACAGAUGUAUUGAUUGAAAAACUAGGAGAAUUAAAAACGCUGGAAAUCUGCACCUACAACUGUACUAUUCCAUACAUGCUCGAACACGAAUUUCCGAUCAGGUUAAGCAGAGUUAUAUCCAAUGAUAAGCAUUUAUUUGAAUUAGUUACUUACUUUAUCAAGAUGUUGAUUGCUUAUAUAAAGUCCAAUGAUUGUCUGAAGUUCUUACCAGUUAUUGCAACGAUUUUGACAAAUCAUUUAACCACCUUCACCAAUCACACAUCAUUGGCUCCUUACCAACUACCAUAUGCCAACAGACUAGUGAGUGAAGUGUUGAACAUUUGUAACUUUCAUGGGGAUAUUUUGGCUAUCUGGUUAAACAACAUCGCUAGGAUAUCCGACAGUAACCAAGGUAUACGUCACCAUCCAAUUAAUUUACUCCCACUUCAACAGAUUAUCGACAACUUUCUCAUAAACGAGUUGGAAACAUUCAAAACUACAAACUGGGAGGAUUUCGUCAAGUUGAGUAAUCAAUCACCCGAGUUGAAUCAAUAUUUAUGCUCACAACGAAUUGACAUCUUUGAUGAUAUGGCCAGUUUGUACUUUUUCCCUUCAGAAGAGUAUCAUUUGUUGCAUAUAUCAGUGCUUGAACCAGUAUUGAGUGCAGUUAUUAAUGCCAUGGAAGAAUCAGGUCCUGAGUUGGGCUCCCAGUACUUCAAUAAAUUCAUCACCAUGUUCAAAAAACAUUUGAACUUGUCCAUGCAUAAUGAUGAUUCGGUUAUAUUCAUGUUACAGAGGUUAUUGGAUUUAGGAGCCACGAAAACAUUGGGUCGAUUGGUUGACGACUUCACUUUCCAGUUGUACUUGAACGACAAACUUCAGGAUCAUCGAAAGUUGGAACGGUUCAUUUAUGUUUUGGCAGAUGUGUUGUAUAGACAAGACCAAUGCUUUUUGAAGUUGCUGAACAGCAAGGACGGAACACAAUUUUUGAAUGUCAAAUUAACCUUCAUCGACCACGUACGAAAAAAAGUCAUGAGGAUUCAUAAUAGCGAUGCCCAACCAGUUUCUCAAAGGUUCGCCGAGAUAUUGACACAAUACUCAGCGUCACUUGGCGAUUACAAUCUUGAUAACCAGAGCCCUUUGAUUUCGCUGUAUUUUCAAUCAUUGUUGCAAUAUUUCCAAAAUAAACCCUCCCUUGACACGUCAUUAAACCAUCUUUCGUUAAUGGUGUUUCUCAAAUUCAACAUGCUCAAUAACGCAACAUUUAUCGAAAUCAUGCACUAUCUAAUUGUCUGUUUUGAGAUCUACCAACUGCACUUAAAUUUUUAUGAAACGUACCAAUAUGAUUCGAUUGAAGUGCUGAAAAUAGUGGCGCAAAAUGUGGUCCUACCUAGUUGCGAAAUCUUGAACCACUAUGGAAUUGAGCAGCACAGUCAGUCUAUAAAUUAUGUUGCCUUGCCAAUGCAGUUGGAUUUGUGUCGCCAGCUCAUUACUGAUUUCUAUAUUUGCUGCAAAUUAAAAGGUGAUAAUUAG